AACACUUAUGGAGGUUUUGAUGUUUAAAAAAAAAAAAAGUUACGGAGGUUUUCGAACUUAACGAACGCAAAACCUCGCUGAGAAUCUGAGACAGAAAAAAAUGGGAUUGAGAAGGCGCGGUGCUCUUCAACUUGGUGUUCUCCACAAUUACAACCUCUGCGUCAGUCCCAUUAUCUCUGUCUCUCAUUCCCUUCCCUUCUCCUCCGAAUGCCAACCCCAAUCGAACGCACUCUUCGACCGCGAUGACCCCCAAGACCAGACAAAGCUUGAGAAAAUUGAAAAGUUUCAUUCUUUUCUAGAAAAGGGUAGCACCAUCACCGCCAAGAGGUUCCUUAAAUCCCUUGUUCUCUCCAAAACCCCAUUCUCUUCUCCCUCCGAACUCCACACCUUCGUAUCAAAACCCCUCUUCUCGAACACCCUGUUAUGGACCUGCUCAAUUCCCAAAUUGGUCGACCAAGCCACCGAGUUGUACUAUUCAAUGAGAAAAGAUGGUUAUGCCCCUUCAAUCCGCUGCGUCAACCGUCUCCUUCAUGCUUUGCUUGUUUCCAGGCAGUUUGAAGAGGCCUUGAGUUUGUUCUCGGACUUUGCUGGGUCUGGUAUGGGACCCAGUGCAGAGUCGUACAAGAACGCUGUUUAUGCAGCGGCCAUGUUGAAGGAUCUGAGGAAGUGUUUUGAGUUGAUGGCUUCCAUGGAGAAGCAAGGGGUGACCCCUUCUGUUUUUGUGUAUAAUUUGAUCAUUGGGAUGCUUUGCAAAGUGAGAAAGGUGUGGGAUGCUCGCAAAGUGUUUGAUGAAAUGGGUGAGAGAAAUCUGGUUCCGAAUACUGUUACUUAUAAUACCUUGAUCGAUGGGUACUGUAAGGUGGGUCAAUUAGAGGAAGCUUUUAGCUUGAGGGAGAGGAUGAAGACCCAGAAUGCGGACCCUAGCCUUCUCACCUACAAUGCCUUGUUGAGUGGUCUUUGCGGUUCUGGGAGGUUGGAGGAUGCGAGGAAGGUGUUGCUAGAGAUGGAGGCUGCUGGGUUUUUACCUGGUGAGUUUCUGCGUGUUGUAUUUGAUGAUGAUGAUGAUGGUUCUUUGGGUGAGAAAGUGUUUGGCAAAGCAGAGUUGGAAAGGGUCGAUGAGCAUACUUGUUGUAUUUUGUUGAAUGGAUUGUGCAGGGUAGGGAGGGUUGAAAAGGCCAAGGAGAUUUUGGCCAAACUUGUUGAUAAUGGCGUUACUCCCAGCAAAAUAUCAUAUAACAUAUUAGUGAAUGCAUACUGCCAAGAGGGGGACAUAAUGAAAGCUAUACUGACCGCCGAACAAAUGGAAUAUCAAGGGGUGAAGCCUAGUGCUGUCACUUUCAAUACCCUGAUUAACAAGCUCUGUGAAACUAAAGACUUGGACCAGGCAGAGAUAUGGGUGAAGAAAAUGGUAGACAAGGGUGUUUCCCCCACUGUGGAAACUUAUAAUUCUUUGAUUAAUGGUUAUGGACAAAUGCAGCAUUUUGUCAGGUGCUUUGAGAUUCUUGAAGAGAUGGAAAAGAAUGGGAUAAAGCCUAACGUCAUAAGUUACGGUUCUCUAAUAAAUUGUCUAUGCAAAGACCGUAAGAUCCUUGAUGCUGAAAUUCUCCUUGCGGAUAUGGCAGGCCGGGGGCUUUCACCGAAUGCAGAAAUAUACAAUAUGCUUAUUGAAGCCAGUUGCUCCUUGAGUAAAUUUAAAGAUGCCUACAGAUUUUUUCAGGAAAUGCUAAGAAUUGGAAUAGAUCCAACUCUUGUGACAUAUAAUACACUGAUAAACGGACUUGGAAGGAAUGGAAGGGUAAGUGAAGCUGACGAUCUGUUUCUCAAAAUGACUAGCAAGGGACAUAUUCCAGAUGUAAUCACAUACAAUUCGAUUAUCUCAGGUUAUGCAAAGUCUGGAAACACCCAGAGAUGCAUUGAAUUGUAUGAGAAGAUGAAGAGAUUAGGCUUAAAACCUACAGUUGGUACCUUUCAUCCUUUGAUCAAUGCAUGCAGGAUGGAAAGUGUGGCAACAGCAGAAAAGAUGUUUCAGGAAAUGUUACAAAUGGGCUUACUUCCAGAUCGAGUCAUAUAUAAUGAAAUGAUGUAUAAUUAUGCUGAAGAUGGCAAUGUUCUGAAGGCAAUGUCGUUGCACCAAGAGAUGGUCAAUCGGGGACUCAACUGUGACAAGGAAACUUACAACUGCUUGAUCCUGGCAUGCCUCAGAUAUCAAAGAAUUUCAGACGUAAAGCAUCUUGUUGAUGAUAUGAAGGCUAAAGGACUAGUCCCAAAAAUUGAUACAUAUAACAUUCUGGUUAAGGGACAUUGUGACCUAAAAGAUUUCAGUGGUGCUUAUUUUUGGUACAGGGAAAUGUUUGACAGGGGCUUCAUUCUAAAUGCUCGCAUCUGCUAUCAGCUGAUAGCUGGUCUUAAAGAGGAGGGGAUGCUGCGCGAGGCUCAAAUUUUAUCCUCAGAAUUAAGUUGUAGAGAACUGAACCACUAGAAAACUGAGAAGGGAAACCUUUGCUGAUGCUCAUUGAAUACGAUUGGAAAAGUGAUAAACUAAGCUCGAAGGGCCUACAGUGUUUAUAUGUUGUAAAUUACAUUUUGAAAGUGGCUAGUGAAUCAUUCACACAACUUCAUGAUGGAAAACGGCUGAGAUAUUUCUUCCAGAUGCUGAGAGAAGUCGGCUUCUCAAAAUGUAAAUUGAAGGUGGUGGAAAGAGAGUCUGAACUGGUAAACAUUUUUUAGCCAUAACUCAUUGCUGAUAUUUGCGUGGGAAGCAAGCUUACUCAGGUUGGAAAGGGAAGUUAAAUAAUCAUUUUUUAGGUUAGGAUUUGGAAGGAAGUCUUGCUUCUGAUAAUAGCAACUGCAAAGAUGUUUCGUAGAUCACCCAAAUCUGGUCUUUUUCACUACAUCAUGCAUUUCCUAGCUGGAAGUCAUUUUUUAUGGUGGUUUGUGAUGGCUGAAAUUCUAACUUCAUUUGCAAAAUGGAACAAAAUAUUAAUAAAUGAUC